UCCCUAUCCGGCUAUCCCCAUCACUACUCCCCACAAGCCCUGUCCACCACCAACAAACUCGUUGUACGACGAGAGAGAGCGCUGCCAUGGCUUCUCGUGACGCCGCCACCUUCCAAGUCUACCGGCCCAUGCCCGCGCCGUCCCCGGCGCCGGCGCCGAUGUCGCUGGCGGCCGCCGCGCCCGCCUCCGACGUCGCGGCGCCCGCGCCGAAGAAGGCGAGCCCGGGCGCCGGCAAGGACCGGCACAGCAAGGUGAACGGGCGCGGGCGGCGCGUGCGGAUGCCGAUCGUGUGCGCGGCGCGCGUGUUCCAACUCACCCGCGAGCUGGGGCUCAAGUCCGACGGCCAGACCAUCGAGUGGCUGCUCCGCCAGGCCGAGCCCUCCAUCCUCGCGGCCACGGGGUCCGGCACCACCCCCGCCGUCUUCUCCUGCUCCUCGGCGCCGUCCACCUCCCCCGCCGCCGCCCACCCGCUCCUCGGCAAGCGCCCGCGCGAGGACCACGAGCCGGCGCCCGCGCCCGCGCCGUUCUGGGCGACCCUGCAGGCGCGACCCGUGGCGUGGGGCCUUUCGCCGGCGCAGGAGGCCGCGGCGCAGGCGUACGCGUCGGUGGCGGCGGCGCAGCAGGGCCACCACCUCAACCUCCUCUCCGUGCUCUCCGGCGCCACGAGGCCGUCCGAGGAGGAGUCCCGGUGACCGCCGCCGCAGCAUUGCUACGUUAAUUGCAUGCGUGGACGCGUGGGCAUGCCGCGUGCUGUGCUUUUGGGUCUCGUUUCGUGCAUCUCCGGGGUGCAUUCCGUGUGUUUUUCCUGUGAUCUGCGGUGUGAGAAGAAGGUUGAUCUGAACCGAAAGGUCAAGAAUGCGCGAUCGGAUCGGGGGGUAGCGGUUGUAGAUAGCAUUCGUCAGGGUUUGUGCUUGUGAUGAGCUUGUUCGUUGUCUUGGGUUUGUGCCGUGGUUCUGUGCUGUGAUCAGUGGUCAGUGCUCUGCAUGCCGAAUUGUCAACUGAUCUGAAUUCUAACACAAUGCCGGCGUGUUACUCUGUAUGUCACUGCUCGCUCGCUGUUUCAAUAGAAACCUUGUCCUGAGAAUUCA